ACUGGCAUUUCAAACGUAGACAAGCCCUAAGGCAAAAUCUUUUCUGCACAAUAGAAACUGAUAGUACUUAGUGAAUGCCAUGAUUUGCUCCAUUGUAAAGAAUGAAAAUAAUAUAGACACUGAGUUAGACCUUUUCUAAUGAUUCCUAACAUUGUUAGCUUUUUUGACUGCCACUGCACAUUGAUCGGAUGUUUUCAGAGAACUCCAAGAUCUCAUUUCUGAGUGGUAACAGCUAAAUAAGACACCAUCAUUUUGUGUGUAUAGUUGGGAUUGUGUUUUCCAGUACGCAUUACCUUGCAUUAAUCAAUACUUAAUUUCAUCUGUCAUUUUGUUGCUCACUCACCCUGUUGUGUGAGAUCCCUUUGUAACUUUUCUCAGCAAUUUUGUAUCAACUGCAAACUUUGUCCCCUCACUGUUUACCCCUUUUUAUAGAUCACAGCAAGACAAUGGAACGGACCACCUAGGGAGGUUGUGGAAGCUCCUUCGCUGGAGGUUUUCAAAAGGAGGCUGGAACCAUCUGUCUUGGAUGGUUUAGACAAAACAAGCCCUGCAUCAUGGCAGGGGGUCAUGCUGUGUGCAUAUUGUACCUGGUUCUCCGAGCUCUGGACACUGUAGAAGAUGAUAUGACCAUCAGUUUAGAAACCAAGGUCCCAAUGUUGCAUGACUUCCACUCCUAUCUGUAUCAGCCGGACUGGAGAUACAUGGAGAGCAAGGAGAAGUAUAAGCAAGUGCUUGAGGACUUUCCAACGAUCUCCUUGGAGUUCAGGAACCUGGCAAAGGUGUAUCGAGAUGUGAUUGCAGCUAUUUGUCACAAGAUGGGAGCCGGUAUGGCCGAGUUCUUGCAAAAGAAGGUUGAGUCCCUGCAAGAGUGGGAUAAAUAUUGUCACUACGUUGUUGGACUGGUGGGCAUUGGCCUUUCCCGUCUGUUCUCUGUGCUGGAGCUAGAAGAUCCUAUCAUAGGACAGGACACAGAGCUUGCCAAUUCCAUGGGCAUCUUCAUUGAGAAAGCCAUCAUCAUCCAUGAUUAUCUGGAGGACCAGCUGGCAGGAAGAGAAUUCUGGCCCAGAGAGGUUUGGAGCAGGUAUGCCAAGAAGCUGUCGGAUCUCGCCAAGCCAGAGAACAUUGACAUGGCCGUCCAGUGUAUGAAUGAACUGAUCAUAAAUGCUUUACACCAUAUCCCUAAUGUCCUCACCUACUUAUCUAGACUGAAAACCCAAAGUGUCUUCAACUUCUGCGCUAUUCCGCAGGUGAUGGCCAUCGCCACUCUGGCGGCCUGUUACAAUAACAAACAGGUAUUUAGGGGGGUAGUGAAGAUUCGGAAAGGACAAGCUGUCACUUUAAUGAUGGAUGCCACAAACAUACAGGCUGUCAAGUCUAUAAUGUACCAGUAUGUGGAAGAGAUCUAUCGGAAGAUCCCAAGCACAGACCCGUCUUCUAACAAGACCCAGCAGAUCCUUGUCUCUAUCCAGACAAUAUGUUUUCCCAAUGGCACGGUGGUCUCCUGUAACCGUUACGCCCCCAUCUACCUCUCGUGCGCCAUGCUUCUGGCAGCACUGAGCUGGCGGUAUCUGAGUGCGAUGUUAGAGGCAUUGGAGGAGGAUGUAUAGGCCAAGGAAAACUGAGGGUUGGUUGCGUGAAGGUAGUGGUUGGGUAAUGCUGGGAACAGGUUCAUGUCUCUUUCCUAUUGGGUCUGCUGCCCUGUGGGAUUCCAGACUAUGGAAGCUGUGAAUGGAAAGGUGCUGGUUGACCUGCAGCUAUUAGGUGUAUUGCAGCCACUAGCUCCUAGCUGGCAGCCGGAGUCAGAUGUUUUCAUUGUUCGGAUGAACAAGUUACAAAUGCGACAGGUGGGGUCUCUUUAUGGGAAACGAUGUUUUACCUGAAUUCUGACUGUGAUAUUUUCAAUUCAGAUUGCCUCCCUCGAUUUUGACACUCUUUUCCAAUACGAGGCUAUGUGA